AUGUACAGGUGGUGGUUGGUGGUGGCGCUGGUGGCGAGUGUGGCAGGCAAUCGUCUGCCGCGGACUUCGCCCACGUCCUCGUCUGCUCCCGCGCCUGCGCCCUCUACGCGCUUGCCGCAAAGGAACUUUACGAUCUCUUCCCGUUCCUCCGUCAGAAACAGGGAACAAUACCUUUUUAAUGUAUUCGAAGUCAUCGUCAGUACUCUUGAAACAAAAUUACAAAGAAUUGAAAAUCUCGACAAAGCGGUUGAGCACCUCAUGAGAAGAGUUGAAGCUCUAGACUCAAGAGUCAAUGAUAACAUACAUAAAACAGAUGCUAUUAUUUCUAAAUUAGGAAACUUAGAUUUUAAAUUAUUCAGCCAGAUAGCUCAAGGUGAUGAAGAAGAUGUUACUGAAAAUAUAAAGAGAAAGGGUGAAAAUAGACUAAGUAAUGCGCAAAUGCUAGACAAAAAACUGGAAUCUUUAGAUCAAAAAGUAUCAGAUAUUGAUUCAAAAUUAGUAGGUUUGAAAACACAGAUAGAUAAUAAUUUUUUGCCAGUUGAUGAUAUAAACGCAGAAGCAAGUGAAAAGAAACCUAUAAAUUUAAAUGUUAUAGAAAUUGCAAAAGGUCUUAACUCUGAAGUAGUAAGUGAAAUCACUAAAGAGGUUGACCAGUUAAGAUCUUCGAUGUCAACAGUAGACCGUAAGCUGCAAUUUCAUAUAAACCUUGUGUCUGAAAACUUAGGAAAGGUAUUAUACAUGAUGGCAGACGUUCAUGCUGCAAUAGUAGAACCCGAAUCAGCCUCUAUAAAUGUUAAUAAUCUGUUCAAAAAUCGCACAACUACUAGCACCCCAUCUCCAUUAUCAAAAGCUAGUAAAAUCGACACACUUGUAAAUAAAAUAAUUCCAAUGAUGAGUGUUUCUGAAAAAAUGGACGAAGUUUGGGAUGUGGUUGUCGGCACAAAAAGUUCAGUAGACGAUUUAGUGCCAAAAUCUGACGAACUCCUUACCCAAACUCAGAGACAGGAACGAGCUAUCGGUCAAAUUCAUAACGAUUUACGCCUGAAAACAAAUCUCAUAAUUGAAAAUCUUGAUAUGGUAGAAAAACGGUUAAAAAAGCAAGAAGAUGAUGUCGCGACUUUAGCACAGCGACCAGUUCCGGCCGAGCUGCUUUUGGAUCCAACUAUAGACAGAUUAGUGGAAUACGCACCUAACAGAUAUAAGGUGGAAGAGCCUUCAACAGAUCCUAUCACCACAAUUGCCUAUACCACCCCAGCUACAUCGACUGCCAAUAACAGCCCGAGCGUCCCGAGCAAUUCGAGUACAAGCGCAACGAGUGCCACAGUGACAGUGACGCCCUCAAGCUCGGGCAGUAGCGCGGGUCCCACCAGCCCGCGCCCGACCAGCCGCAAGGGUGGCAUCAUCUUCCCUAGUGUCAAGAAUAAACCUAUUAUCGGCAAUAACACUUUUGCUUCGGAGAUUGUCGCCAACUAUAAAGAUGUUAAAGGCUACUCAUGUGUGGAUUUGCUGAAUGCUGGCAUGAGAGAAUCCGGCGUGUAUUACUUGCAAAUACGAGGCACCACCUACUGGUUCCUUAAGGUGUAUUGUGAACAAAACGUGGCUGAUGGAGGAUGGACGGUGAUUCAUCGUCGUGAUGACUUCGGAAUACCUGCGGAAAACUUUAACAGGGACUGGAGUGACUACAAGAAUGGAUUUGGUGAUCCUAGUAAAGAGUUCUGGCUGGGCAAUGAGAACAUUUACAUGCUAACCAAUAAUGAUGACUAUAUGCUUAGGGUCGAGCUAGAAGACUUUGAUGGUAAUAAAAGGUACGCACAGUAUUCGCACUUCAAAAUAUAUUCUGAAGGAGAGUAUUACAAAUUGGAGAUAGAUGGCUACGAGGGUAACGCGGGUGACUCUCUAAAUGAUCCGUGGUAUGGGUCCAAUAACAGUCCCUUCUCAACUUACAAUAGAGACAAUGACAGGUCAUCGUUGAAUUGCGCGUCCAUGUUAAAAGGUGGUUGGUGGUGGAAGUCAUGCGGACGCGGCUUGAACGGUCUCUAUUUGCACGAUCCUCAGGACCUCACAGCUCGACAAGGCAUCGUGUGGUUCCGCUGGCGAGGCUGGGAUUACACUCUGAAGAGGGCGUCCAUGAUGAUCAAACCCAAGGGACUUCAACCCAACACA